UAAGUAGCCACUCAGGUAUUCUUACUGUUCUGCUACGGAGACCCCACCCGCCACACAUACUCGAGGAGCUAAAAAAACGCCCCAAGCUCCGGCAGCUUGGCAGCGCCGGUGCUGCGCCGAGGUCAACUUGACAGAUUUUUGAUGCCAGGACAACGUGGUAUCGUGUGCGGAAUCGUUAUCUACCGACAUUAUGAACAUCCGUUCCAAUACCAAAUCGGGGACAGUUGCACUAGCGAGAGUGAGAGAACGGUUGACGAUACCGGUAACACCAUCUUCAAGAUCCCCCGGCCCGCUCUCGCUGAUGAUUUGCGGGGUGCUCGGGUUGGCGCUUAAUUUGAUGACCUGUCGUUCAAGAGGUGCGAAUAAGCAAGUCAGCCGUGUCAGUAGUGUGAUGUGCAGUGUCCAUACAUUGUCGACUCAGGCCUGCUUUUCGCGAGCUUUUAGCAAGCCGGACGGAGCGAGGAAUCACAAUCCUACAGAUGCAAGUAGCGUCUCCACCAGACCAGGACCCUGGCUCGUCCCAGCCGGAGGUCGCCCGGGGAGAAAUUCCUGGGCCAGACCCGGAAAGGACCAACUCCCCACGGGCCCAUUUCGCUCUCAUCAACUCGAUUCCAGUCCAGCUGCUUUCUGGUGCGAGUGUAUGCCAUCGCACACAGUAGUGUAGGACCUGUGCAUGAUUACAUCUGCCCAUACUAGUACAUACUCCCUCGUGGGGGAGGCACGAGGGGGAGGCACGAACGGGAGGGGCGGGACGACGCGCCA